AAUUUUUGACUUGACUCCACUUCCCAAAACAUUCAACACCAACAAAGAAACCAAAUAAUAUCUCAAAAGUGUAUAUAAAUAUGUGGGGAAGAGGAGAAUUCUGCAACCUCAGGAUCUUCCCAUCAGUUUUAUGAAAAGUUCUUUGGCUUGUGGUUCUAAAGAAACAAACUUUAUCAGUAGUAGAGAGAAAAAAUGAAUGCUAAAGUACAAGACUCUGACGAUACCAAAAAGGGUGAAGAAGUUGUGCUUCCUGGCUUUAGAUUCCACCCUACAGAUGAAGAACUUGUUGGGUUUUAUCUCCAUAGAAAGGUGGAAAAGAAGCCUCUCAAAAUUGAACUCAUCAAACAGGUUGAUAUCUACAAAUAUGAUCCAUGGGAUCUUCCAAAGGUGAAUUCAUUUGGGGACAAAGAAUGGUAUUUUUUCUGCAUAAGAGGGAGGAAGUACAGGAACAGUGUGAGGCCAAACAGGGUAACUAGGUCAGGGUUUUGGAAAGCCACAGGAAUAGACAAGUCGAUAUACUGCGUGAAGGAACCCCAUGACUGCAUUGGCCUGAAGAAGUCUUUGGUGUACUAUCGUGGAAGUGCUGGAAAAGGCACCAAAACUGAUUGGAUGAUGCAUGAGUUUCGCCUUCCACCCAAUGCUAAAUCCUCCGCCAACAUUGCUAAUACUACCAAUAACCUUCAUGAAGCUGUAAGUCAUUUUAUUUAUACACACAUAUAUAUACAUCUUCUUCUCCUUACUUUAGGUUUAAAGCUAUGUUUUAAGUCCAUGACAUGCCUAAAUUUUAAAACAAAAAAUAGUAUAUGGCCUAACGAGAAACAUCAUACUCAAGCUUAUAGCAGGAAUACCAAGGGCAAGAAACACCAGGUACUUAGAGGAAUUGCUACAAAGCUUAUUGUUGUAAAUCUUAGUCAAAAUGGUAGCACUAAGUCCCCCUUAACCUUUCAGAACCCCAUCGACAAAGCCUCUGCUAGCAAGGAAGAUUCCCAGUUUCUACAAGAAUCCCCUAUCCUUCCUAGUCACAACUAA